AUGGUGGAGGACUUCACAUGCCCUACCAUUCCACCGGUGCCGUGCGGCGCCAAGAAGCUCCCUUCCCCUCACUUCACUUCGCCGCCGCCAUGGUUCGUCGUCCCGGCCGACGCGGGAGCGCACGACCAUCACCGGCGGUGCUUCUCGGCCGCCGAGCAAGCCGGGAACCCCAACAACGACGUCUACCCGGGGCCGGGGGGCCGCUCCGAGAGGUUCGCCGUCAUGGAAGAGCACAAGAUGGACAUGCUGUGGGAGGACUUCAACGAGGAGCUGGCCCGGGCGCCGCAGCCGUGCCCACUGAGCAUGGAGUGGUCGAGCGAGGCGUGGCACGCUGGUGAAGGCGACGGAAUACCAUCCCAGCAUGUGGAUGUGGUCGUCGCCUCCGGUACCGGGAGCAGCGUGGUCUGGCGAAGGAGGCUGAGCUUGAUGAUGAUGCUCAAGCUGCUCAAGAAGCUCUUCUUGGCACGCAAGUCCAGCACCACCUCAAGGAAGACGCCACCAAACUGA